AUGGCAACGACGCGGGCCUGGAAGAUGGCGGCCGAGUGGGCUGGAGCGGCUGACAGCUGGGCGGCUGCAGGCCCGGGCCCAGGACAGUGGCACUGGAGCGGCUCGUUAUGGGUGCGAGGCGUUCUGCUUCUCCUCGGAGGUCUCCGGGCCAGCGCCACACCUAUUCCUAUCUCCUUGAGCAGUUCUCCUCCUUGCAGGCACCCCGUUCCCUCGGACGCUGAGGUCAUAAAUAAAGUUCAUCUUAAAGCAAAUCAUGUUGUGAAGAGAGAUGUUGAUGACCAUUUAAGAAUCAAGACUGUCUACGAUAAAAGUAUUGAAGAGUUGCUCCCUGAGAAAAGACACCUUGUAAAGAACAAACUUUUUCCACAAGCUAUUUCUUACUUAGAGAAGACAUUCCAGGUUCGUCGACCAGCUGGCACCAUCUUACUGAGCAGGCAGUGUGCAACAAACCAGUAUCUCCGGAAAGAAAAUGAUCCCCACAGAUACUGCACUGGGGAGUGUGCCGAGCAUACCAAAUGUGGCCCAGUUAUAGUGCCUGAGGAGCACCUUCAGCCAUGCAGGGUCUGCCGUGGGGGUAAGUGGCCCUGUCCAGCAGUGGGCGCACAAGACCAAGAGGGCAUCCAGGACGCAGACUUUGUUCUUUAUGUUGGUGCUCUGGCCACUGAGCGGUGCAACCAUGAAAACAUCAUCUCAUAUGCAGCUUAUUGUCAGCAGGAAGCAAAAAUGGACAGGCCAAUAGCAGGAUAUGCUAACCUGUGUCCAAAUAUGAUCUCUACCCAGCCUCAGGAGUUUAUUGGGAUGCUGUCCACAGUAAAACACGAGAUUAUUCAUGCCCUGGGUUUUUCUGCUGGUCUGUUUGCAUUCUACCGGGAUAAAGAUGGAAAUCCUCUAACAUCAAGAUUUGCAGAUGGUCUCCCACCUUUUAAUUAUAGUUUAGGAUUAUAUCAGUGGAGUGAUAAAGUAGUUCGAAAAGUAGAGCGAUUAUGGGAUGUUCGAGAUAACAAGGUGGUUCCUCACACUGUGUAUCUUCUAGUAACUCCUCGUGUUGUUGAGGAAGCAAGAAAACAUUUUGACUGUCCAAUUCUAGAAGGAAUGGAACUUGAAAAUCAAGGUGGUAUGGGCACUGAGUUGAACCAUUGGGAAAAGCGCUUACUAGAGAAUGAAGCAAUGACUGGCUCUCACACUCAGAACCGCGUCCUCUCUCGCAUCACUCUGGCAUUAAUGGAGGACACUGGCUGGUAUAAAGCUAAUUACAGCAUGGCUGAGAAGCUAGACUGGGGCCGAGGAAUGGGCUGUGACUUUGUCAGGAAGAGCUGCAAGUUCUGGAUUGAUCAGCAGAGACAAAAGAUGCAGACGCUUAGCCCCUACUGCAAUACACUCAGGAGUAAUCCCCUGCACCUGACGUGCCGACAGGACCAGAGAGCAGUUGCUGUGUGUAAUUUGCAGAAGUUUCCUAAGCCUUUGCCUCAAGAGUACCAGUACUUUGAUGAGCUCAGUGGAGUACCUAGAGAAGAUUUGCCUUAUUAUGGCGGAUCAGUAGAAAUUGCUGAUUACUGUCCAUUUAGCCAAGAAUUCAGCUGGCAUUUAAGUGGUGAAUAUCAACGCAGCUCAGAUUGUAGAAUAUUGGAAAAUCAGCCAGAUCUUUUAAAAAACUAUGGUGCUGAAAAGUAUGGUCCUCAUUCUGUUUGUAUAAUUCAGAAAUCAGCAUUUAUCAUGGAAAAGUGUGAGAGAAAGCUGAGUUAUCCAGAUUGGGGAAGUGGGUGUUAUCAGGUUUCUUGUUCUCCUCAAGGCCUAAAGGUUUGGGUUCAGGAUACUUCGUAUCUAUGUAGCAAGGCCGGCCAGGUCCUCCCUGUCAGUAUUCAGAUGAAUGGCUGGAUUUAUGAUGGAAACCUGCUCUGCCCAUCAUGUUGGGACUUCUGUGAGCUCUGUCCUCCAGAAAGAGAUCCUCCAGCUGCUAACCUGACCCGUGUACUCCCUCUGGAUCUCUGUUCCCGAUCCUCUAGUCUGGUGGCUACCCUCUGGCUUCUACUGGGUAAUCUUUUUCCCCUGCUGGCUGGAUUUCUUCUGUGUGUGUGGCACUAGGAAUUGAAAUGUGAAUUCUCAAGACAUCCUUUUAUGUCAUGUUCUUCUGAAUAAAGCCAGAUUGGAACAAAUACCCACCUAUGCCAAGAGUGGAAUAUAAUCCUGGCUUAGACUCAACAUGGUAAUCAAAGUCAGCACUCAAUGCUGAGCUCACAGCAUUGCAUCCUCAGCGACACCUGUAGAGAGAAGGAAUUACUCCAUUACCCAGUCUCGAUUUUUCAGGAUAUGUGAACUUUAAGAUUUCCCCUUAAAAGGGUAACAUUUGUUGAAAUUUUCAGAACAAUGACAUACCUCAGUAUUUUCAUUAAUAUAAAGAACAUCUAAUUAUUAUGAGAUUGUAAAUUAUGAAUCCUGUCCUCUGGACUGUAAAUUGUUUCAGGACUUACGAGAAAAUAAUUGAAAUUUUUGCAUCACUGGCCUGUAUAUUUUAUUUCAUUGUAUAAUGGUAUAUUUACAUUAUGGUUACUAUUAUUCUAAAGGUUUUUUUUAAUUUACCUUUUGUUAAAUAUUAUAAUUUGACCAUGUUUGCUUAUUUUUCAUUUUUUAUUUUCAACUUACAACUGAGUUCUUACAUGUUAAUAACCUCUUGCAGUUAGAUCUGUGUUUACAAGUCUUCAAAACUCAGAUUCCACUUUUUUCCGUACAUUUAAAAAGGACUUGAA